AUGAAAAUGUUAACUUUACAUAAUAAGGUCAAUGAUGGUACAUAUGAUCUAGAAGAUCAAUAUGAUGAAGCUUUUACUAAACAGAUGCGUAUGGGAUUUAUCCGACGUGUUUAUGGUUUAUUAUCUGUACAAUUUAUAUUAACAUGCUUAGUAACCACAAUUAUGUUUACUAAGACGAUUAAAGAAUAUAUAAUAUAUAACUACACUACUACUGUUUGGAUUGUUUGUAUAUCUUCUUUAUUAUCUUUGGCUAUUAUAUUAAUAUGCAGAUUUACCAAUACAGACUACAUGAGGCAAUAUCCAAUUAACUUAGUCAUUUUAUUUACAAUAACUUUUCUUGAGUCUCUACCCAUUGGUUGUUUAUGUGUAGUUCUACCUGGUAAAAAUAUUCUAAUUGCAUUGAUAGCAACGACAGUUGCAGUUAUUGGAAUGACAAUAUAUGCCUUACAAACAAAAUAUGACUUUACAUCUUACACCUCAUUGUUACUUUAUGGUUCUAUUGGAUUAGUUGUUGCAUCAAUAAUAGGUUUGUUUAUCCCUUAUUCAAGACUAUUUGAAAUCUUAAUAGGUUCAUUUGGUGCUAUGUUCUAUGCAUUUGUACUAUUAAUGGUAACGCAAUCAAUUAUUGGAGAACAUGGGAAUAUGAUAUAUGAAGAUGAUUAUGUGGGUGCAGCUCUAAUGUUGCACUUAGCUAUUUUAGAUAUGUUCAUAUAUAUUUUGAGAAUAGUGAAUGCAGUAAGUGUAAAUGAUCGUUAA